AAAAUGAAAGUGAAGUCCAUUUGGAAGGAAGAUGAAUUAACCUGCAAACCGCUCGAUACAUACAAUGAGAUACUGUUAUUUUUGGAAAAUCCCCCGUCUUGGAGAUCUCUCUGUAAAGAAUUGCAGCCACAUAGUAAAAAAUUAAUAAAGAAUAUUGAGUUAAACAAACAAGAUGUAGUAAGUCUUGAUAGCCCACAUAUAUUUUGUCAUUUCGACCCGGAUACGGAAGAUGUACCACGACAUGAUGAGAGUAUUUUACCGAAGACGUUGGUAUGCCAUGAUAUGGCCAACGGAUAUCACGAUGACAGUGUUACCGACGGUACGGGCAACCAUGAUGCGUAUACAUUCUACAACUGGGCGGGGGUCGACAUAUUCUGCUAUUUCAGCCACCAUCUCAUCACCAUACCGCCUCUCGGCUGGAUCAACGUGGGACACCAACACGGGGUCAAAGUUAUUGGCACCAUCAUAACAGAGUGGUCCGAUGGAGUUGCAUUUUGGGACAAGAUGCUGGCAUCCGAAACUCAGUACCAGGAGCUCGCGAGCGCGCUAGUGGCCAUUGCGAAAACUUUGAAAUUUGACGGCUGGCUGCUCAACGUGGAAAAUAAGGUCACGAAGCCGGCUGCGUUGCUGGAGUUUGUGCGUUGCCUGCACAAGAUGCUGCACCAGGAGCUGCCGGAGCCGGUCCUCAUCUGGUACGACAGCGUCACCACCGAUGGGCAACUCAUCUGGCAGAACGGACUCAACCACAAAAAUAAAGAUUUCUUCGACGCUUGCGAUGGUUUAUUCACGAAUUAUUCAUGGGAGGAGUCCGACGUGAGGUCGAGUGUGGUAGCGGCUGGUGAUCGCGUUACAGACCUCUACAUUGGCAUAGACGUGUGGGGCAGGAACUUCUACGGGGGCGGACAGUUCAAUGUACAGCAGGCCAUAGAAGUGGCGUAUACCUAUGGAUGCUCAUUGGCUAUUUUCGCUCCGGCCUGGACCUAUGAGGCGAUGAGUCAAGACCCGAAAGAUAUCAAUUCUGUCGCAUUAUCUGAUGAGUUGGAGGUCUACGAUCAGUUCCUGUUGAGGGAUCGCGCCCUGUGGGGCAGCAUUUGGCCGUUCCUAAAUACAAGAUUGCCUUGCACGUUGCCAUUCCAGACUUCCUUCUGUAGAGGUCAAGGAAAAAAAAGAAGAUUGUACGGAGAGGUGAUAUGCCCUGUACCAUGGUAUAAUUUACGACACAUGCAGUACCAGCCCAACUCAAAUCACGGCCCUCACGGCUACCUCCUCCUGUCCUCACCUGACGACGUCCACACCAUCUCACAGAAAUUUAUAGUUAGAGAUGCAACAGGCAUAAUAAAGUACCAAGAAUCAUUCCUGAACAGUCGUCAACAGUUGCAUUCUUUCAAAACUAGUAGCGAAACAAAUAAUUUUGACGAAUUUAUUGCUAUUGAGCAAUCUUAUGAGGAAACUGUUCCAGAAAGGUUUAAACGUGACUUGAAACAUCUCGAAUCGGAUACGAAAGCUGAAGAUAAUGUGCUAGAGGAUACCGCUAGAAAAAGAGACAAAGCAGUUGACAAUCUGUCAGCAGAUCUCGCGGUGAGAGGCGAAAUAGAUGACAAUUUGGUAUCAGAUCCCGUGACGAGAAUCGAAGCAGAUAACAAUCUGAUAUCAAAACCCAUGCCAUAUACGUUAGCAUAUGUUCCUGAUGAGCUGGAGUGUCUCGAAGUGUGCUUAGAAGAUAGUUUUAUUGGAGGGUCAUGCCUGAAAGUGAAUCCUUCAGACAAAUUGUCGCCCGAGCACAGAACGACGAGAAUAUUCCAUUGCGAUUUCUAUUGUCAGGACACGUUAAUCAUUUGCGUGGUUACGAAGACCUUGAUCGAGAAUGAAGAUCAGUUCUUGAAUAUAAAGCUGCAUGCGAAGAACUCGACGGGUGAGGACCUGAAGGUGGUGUUAGUAGGUAGGGACUCGCCAGGCCAGAGCUCUACCAGCCAGACCACCUCGGGUAUCUGCAACGUGUACCCGCUGAACGUAACCAGCAGCCAGUUCCAGGACCUGCAGAAGUACCUACUGCUGAAGGAGUCCGGAUUCUAUAUUUCGGUGGAGAAUUCUUAUGGAUGGAAAAUAAGGUACUACGAGGUCCCUGCUGCAGGGAUGCAGGUAACGUCUGUGAACUGCCGCACCGGCAUGUCCGAGGGGGGCAUCCUGCUCGGGUACCUUGGCCUCUGCCACCGGUCAUAG